AUGGAUGCCGUCUCGCGUAAUUAUUCCGAGUUCCUGUCUGAUAUUGCUGUUGCUAUGGGUGGCCGGGCUGCCGAGGAGCUGAUCUAUGGCCCGGAGAAUGUGUCGAGUGGUAUAUCUGGAGACAUCCAACAAGCGACCGAGACAGCCUUCACCCUGAUCACACGUUUUGGAUACUCCAAGAAGCUCGGCAACGUUGACCUAUCCAGCAACUACGACAGCCUAUCCUCCGAAACAAAGCAGGAGAUCGAGGGCGAAGUCCGUCGCCUCGUCGAGGAGGCACGGGAUAAGGCCACCAAAAUUCUGACUGAGAAGCGCGAUGAACUCGAACUCCUGACCAAGGCUCUGAUCGAGUACGAAACUCUCACCAAGGACGAGAUGGAGAAGGUUCUUAAAGGAGAGAAGCUCGAGGGCAAGCUUUUGGCGUCGCCCACUGCACCGCUAAAGUUGCCAGAGGCUCUCCAGGUCCCUAGCCUGAACCCCACUGGGACUGAGCAACCACCCACAGCGGCGGACUAA